CAAUAAAUACUUCUACAAAUGAGGCUUCUGUUAAUGGCCCGAAAGGAUAAACACUCCCUCGUGUACUAAUGUCAGGACGUGAACUUUAAUCAUGCACAAGAAAUGGACUUUAUGCAGCUCUUCUCUACAGGUUCUUCACUGAAGACCAAUUGUAUGACAGAGGAAGCUAACAGAUGAGGAAAGCUUGUUGGAUUCAGAAAACUUGUUGGCAAGACUCGCCUAUGUCUUCAAACAAUUACUCGUAGUCGGAAAAUCCACGAGCUGGAGUUACGUUUUGCUGCGCUGCUGCUGGCAGAUUUUGAUUAGGGGAAGAGAAAAUAUGCAUGAAGGCUUUGAAUUAGGACUAAACUUGUAGACCAUUUUCAAUGAAUUCUAGCUUCUUGUUGAAAUUUUGGUCAUGUUUUACUGUUCAUUGUGUUUUUUCUGUAUCAGGUUACACUCCACAAUUUGUUUUCUCUGCAUCAUGUAUAUUGCCAACUUGUCACAUUUUCUCGUUGGGUCAAGUAUGAAACAAGGAUUUCUCAUAUUGCACUGCAUAUUUCAUUCUUGGUGGUAUCUGAAGUCAAUCAUAUACUGCAACCGGCUUAAUGUUGCCCAUAUUCCACUGCAUGAUUGACUUUGUAUACUGCACAAUAUCCUCCUAGGCACUAGAAGUUUUUCUUCAAAAUUGGUGCUCAAUUCUGUUAACGGAGCAGGUUUUACACCCCAUUUUUUUAGACCCUCACACAUCCCUCAAGAUUUUUGGCCAUCAUAUUAAACUGGACAAGAUUAACACGAUGUACAGGAGGAGAAAAAUAGUGUGUUUAUCAUUUUCAUUUGGUUAAUAGUACUUAACUUUAUAUGAUAAAUAAAUUGUGAGACCCAACACUCAGACCACGUGUCAAUACGGGCCCCAACACAUAAAAACCACAUAUGGCACCCCUUGAUUUGUCAUGUUAACUUUACCCCACUUUGCCCCACCUUGCCUCUCACACCCAUUUUUUAUACCCAAGAACUUCUCCUGUGGGGUGUGGUCUUGAAAACACACUUUGCAAUGUGUGAGAUAUCUAUGUAUGAAAAUUGCAUGGCCUUUAUUUUGUUUGAGUUAUUAGUUCAAACCGCAUUGACUACAAUAAUUUUCUAAAAAUGUCAAUCGGCCAUACCGUAUUGAACCGGACUAGACCAAACCGGAAGGAUGAGAAAUAAUGUGUACUUUUAGAACUUGUUUUUCAAGUCACCGAUUUGUUUUCGCAAAACUUUAUCUGCAAGCUUCCCUAUAAACCUCCCAGGUUUCGUCCAUCCUUUACACAAAUCCUACUUGAAUUAACAAUAAUUCCUCUUGUUAUUUUACCUCCAACACUUUUCUAAUUAAUAUUAACGGUAAUUCCUAAUCAUAUUAUCUUAAAAAAAAAACUAAUCAUAAGUGUAAUAAAAACCCUAAUCAACCAGGGACUAGAAUCCUACAUAAACUGGGAUCACCGCACUCUAUAUUUAACCAAGACCCAAACAUCUUUUUAUGCAAAAUAGCCUUCUGCUUCUUUUUAUUUAUUUUUUAAUUCUGAUUUCUUUCUCGUCUUCUGGUUCUUGAGGUUCUUGAAGUUCUUGCUCUCUCUGUAACAAUGGCGACUUCAUGUUACUCUGCUUCCGACCCUCCCAAUCCAGAGACUCCUUGCGUGCCUCCUUCUUACUCUCUUCGACGACAACAAGAAGCCGACCUCUGCCAUUAUUUCGGCAACGUUCGGGUAACAGUGGACAAAAGCAGCACUAGUUCUCCGGGUUCGUCUUCAUAUGCUACUCCCACCAAAAUCGAACAAGCACAAUAUGAUUUUUAUCCGAGAUACGAAAGCGGGUUAAGAAAUUGUCCGAGAGCUCCAAUGGCAUUGUAUUCAGAGAGUAUAUGGGGAGGCAAUAGUGUGAACGCUAGAGGAAACUUUAUGGGUUCAAACAAUCUGAAUGUCCAUCAACUUAUUGGCAAUCCGGCUACAGAAGAAAGGACAAGAGCAAAUUGGAGUGUUGGAGCAACAUCUACAUCUUUGGGCAAUUGGGCACACCAGCUUAGCCCUUUUGGUAAUAGCGAUUGGAACCAAAAUUAUGGAGGACAAAAUUACAGAGGCAAUGUUGAAAGCACUGGAUUAUAUUAUUUCAAAGGUAAUAAUUGGGCCCAAAGUUCAGGAAUACAUAGUGAGAUAGCUCGACUCGCUAUGACUCAACUCGGAUCGCAGGCCUUGGUACAGAGAAUGAUAACUCCCAGCGACCCAUUAGCAAAGAGUAUGGUACUCGAAGGGGUUUUUGGUUCCUUAUUCGAGGUGAUGUGUGACUUUCAUGGACACUAUGUUUUUCGGAAGCUUGUUGAAUCAUGCAAUCACAGUCAGUUGAGACUCAUUGUGGCUAAGAUAACUUUGAAUUCUAAACCACUCAUCAACAUAUCAGUCUGCAAUUAUGGCUCAAAAUCAAUUCAAAUGCUGAUCAAGGUGCUCGAGAAAUCGCCCCUGAUUUACACUUUGACAUCAGCUCUAUCUGAUGUUGUCGAAGAACUGAUGACCAAUCGUACAGGAUCCUAUGUCAUCUUGAAGUGCUUAAACCAACUUGACAUUGAGAAAAAUAAGAAAAUAUAUGAAGCUGUUGUGAGGCUUUGCGUCCGAUUGGCUCAGCACGAAAGGGGAUGCAUACACUUGAAUGAGUUCAUCACCAACAGUAAAACUCCAUACAGAGAGAAACUCAUGGACAAAGUCUCGAGCAACUCAAAAUUCCUUUCUCAGGAUCCUUCGGGGAACUUUGUUGUCCAGCACAUCUUCACGCUAUAUAACCCAGUCUUCUCUGCAAAGAUAUGCUUUGAGCUUCGAAAUCUUUACAUACAACUCUCAUUGCAAAAAGGCGGGAGUCACGUUGUAGAGAUGUGCUUAAACUCUUUGGGAAUGGAAGUUGUAGUGAAUGUUUUUCUAAAGUAUGACAAACUCUGGCAAGUUGCGCGAGAUCAGUAUGGAAACUACGUGAUCCAAACAGCAUUGAAGGCCACAAAGCGCGAAAAUAGCCCCCUUCAUCAAAUGCUUCUAGAAAAGCUCAACAAAGAUCGAAGUGAACUCAUGGUUGGGUUUGGAAGGAAAGUGCUGAGCGUCAUUGACAAAGGGAUCCCCCUAGAAUAGUAAUUGUGAAUGGUUGAUCUAACAGCCGGUUGACGAUGAUGUUGUUGAACAUUGGCAUAUAUUUUGUUUGUUAUUCUGUUGAAAAGCCGCGAAUUGAACUCAAAGAGGGGGUGAGUGGAUCCAGUAUAAUAUAAUUUGUACACUGAAUCAGAGUGGAAAAUAUAGGAGGGCUGGCUGCUCAUGUAUUGUGUCUACUAAGUUGGUGUUCUUCUGAUACUACUGCAUCUGCAGCAAUGUAUGUCGUUUGAGUCUGGUAGGUUUCCGAACUGUGCGUGUAAUGGAUGUACCUCAAAAUAUUAAUAAGAUUUGUUAAUGUUUCUCUUGA